AUGGGGGUACCUUCAAAGCAGAAGAGAAAGGCUCGUGACAGUGACAGUGAGUUUGAGGAUGAUGACGAUUUAAACAGUGACGAGCUAAUGAUGGAGCAGGAAGAGGAUGACUUUGAUGAUGAUCAGGAGGAGGAAGAAGAAUCAGAAGAUGAAGAGAAUGAAGAAGAAUCAGAAGAUGAAGAGGAUGAAGAAGAAGAAGAGGGGGAGGAGGAAGAGGAAAAUGGUGAUGGGCAAGAUGAUAAUAAAGAUGCUGAGAUAGAAGAACUUGAGAAAGAAUACAUGAGUCUUCGUGAUCAGGAGCAAGAUAUUUUAAAGAAUCUAAAGCGUCACAAGGAUGAAGAUCUUCUUAAAGGUCAAGCAGUGAAGAACCAAAAGGCUCUUUGGGACAAGACUCUUGAGUUCCGAUUCUUGCUUCAGAAAGCGUUCUCAAGUUCAAAUCGAUUACCACAGGAGCCAGUUAGGUCUUUAUUUUGUGAUUCACAUGAGGGUGUCAAUGCAGCAUAUUCGGAUCUAGUUAACGCAUCAAAAAGAACUUUGGAUUCUCUAGUGGAACUAGAAGAGGCUUUACUUGAAAAGAACCCAUCCAUUGUUCAAGCAACAGAUAGUAAAUCUGCACGGUCAAAGCAUUCAGAAUCAUCUAAUAACAUUGAUGCUGAUGGUGAUGAGGACUGGUCACGGAUUUCUCAGUUGCUUUCAAGCAUAGCUACUUUUAGAAACAAAUCAAUAGACAAAUGGCAGAGGAAGACACAAGUGACCACAGGUGCUGCUGCUAUUAAAAGCAAGCUGCAUGCUUUUAAUCAGAAUAUCAGUGAACAAGUUGCUUCUUAUAUGAGAGAUCCAAGCAGAAUGGUUAAGCAGAUGCAGAUGAGGAGAUCAGCAAUUGGUGUAUUUGGCACUAUGGAUGGGCAGGUUUCUGACAGGGAGAAUACUCCAAAGGGAGAGGAGACACAAUGUGAUGCUGGUGCACAAGCUGAUGGCGACCCUGAACUUUGGAUGACUCCGAAGACAGCCUUUUAUUCUCUGAAAAAGUUGCAGACUAAGAAGAGGAAGAUUGUGGAUAGACGAGCCUCUAAGAGUCGUAAGAUAAGGUAUAAUGUUCACGAGAAGAUCGUAAAUUUCAUGGCUCCAGAGCCUAUGACCCUUCCAGCUAUGGUUCCUGACCUCAAUAAUUUGUUUGGGUUGAAGAACCAGAAACGAGCUUCUGUAGUAUAG